AUGGCUAUCUCGCACGAUCCUAUCACCGCAGCGCCAACUGGCAUCGACGUCGAGGCCUGGACAGUCGAACAGGCAGCCGAGGCGCUACAGGCAACGACCAUCUCGACGCCGACCCCUCCUAGACCCCGCGCCAACGUCACAAUUGAGAUCCCGCUAGAUGAGAAUGCUCUCGCCGCCGCGAAUGCCAUGGCUACCGCGAAGCCACGCUCAAAGCAAGAAGUCCAUACCGUUUACAAGAGGAGAGAGCCCGUCCGCCGCGAUAGUCUGAAACGUCGCGAAGCCUUGCUCAAGGGCAAAGAGGGAAGUCGUCGCAGACAGCGAUGGGAGAACGAUCGCCUGCUCAACAACCCCUACGCUCAACCUCCUCUACCCAGCGAUUGGGAAGUCCGUCCUACAUAUCCUAUUCACGAGGUCCCAUACUUCCUGGCACCGCUUUGGGAUGCCGAGUACAAGGCCAAGGCACAGGCUAAGGUGCCCACACGUCGUGCAAACAAUGUCGGCGAUACUCGCGCACACGGAUCCAAGGACGAGCAGGCUGCAGCUAGAGUUCCGCGCGAGCUUCGCGAGAAGCUUAAGAAGAGUCGUGGUGCAAAGAACAUGCUCCAGGACCUAGAAGAGGAGGUUAGAAGCUUCGUACAACAGUGGUCCGCCAAGGAGCGCCAAUUAGCUGAAGAUGGUUUGGUCGAUGGCGACAGCGAGGACGAGGAGAUCGUCUUUGUUGGCCGUAAUGGUGCGAUGAGCGAUGAUCGCAAGCGUUCAAAGAGCGUCGUCAGUGACGACAGCAGUACGAGCAUCAGCAGUGACGAUCUAGCAAAGGAACGGAUGAUCCUUGAGAGUCUCGCCGAUGAUCGUAGCGCUGCAUUCGGUCGCUGGCUCGUACAUUCUAUUGCGACAUAUUAUGGCCUAGAGACGUGGUCAGUCACCAAGGGCAGCCCAGCUCGCCGCGAGGCCUACAUAGGUCUCAAGCAUAAGGCUGCCCCGGCGUUCACUGAACUACCACGACCUCUUUAUGUUCUUGUCUAG